CUCUAAUAAAAACAAUAAAAAACCCAACUCUUCACGUUCCAGAACACGGUUCAUUCUUCACCUGUUUCAGAAUCCAAAUCAAAAUCUUACUCUUCCAAAUCCUGAAAUGGCCAAAUCAAAACCUCACCUUUUCUUCCCUGAUUGAAACCUCACCCUCUCUUGUUCUUCCCCGUUCCCAAAUUGCAACACUUUUCACACCCAAAUCGAAAUCCUUGAAGAUCAACUGAAAGAAUCUGAAGUCAAAUCCCUCUGUCUCAAAGCAAAAAAGAUCCUGUGUGAAUCAAAUGACGCAUAGAGAGUGGAUGCAUGAUUCGACAAAACAAAGUAAAGAUUAUAUUGAAGGGGUUAAUCGAUUUCUUGAAUUUGCUUUUCGAAAUUCAAAAACCAACAAAAUAUUGUGCCCUUGUACACAUUGUGCUAAUUAUCACAAAGGGUCUCGCACAAGUGUCCGUGAACACUUAAUUGAUCCACGGCGUGGAUUCGUUAAAGGUUAUAGGCAAUGGGUAUUUCAUGGUGAGGAUCCUAAAACUUCAAGUCAAACAACUGAACAUGCAGAAAUGGAGCAUGACAUGGAUGGAUUAAUUAAUGAUGUUUUUAGAGCUAAUUUGAUGGAAAAGGCAGCUUUGGAUGAAGGUGAAAGAAAUCCACAAGUCGGAGAAAAUAGUAAGUUUUACCAAUUAGUGAAGGAGAAUGAGGAAAUGCUCUACCCUAACUGUAAGAAGUAUAGCAAGCUAUCAUUUAUGGUACAUUUGUUUCAUUUGAAGUGUCUAAAUGGAUGGAGUGACAAGUCAUUCUCUAUGUUGCUAGAUUUAUUAAGAGAUGCUUUACCGGAAGGGAACAUUUUGCCGAAUUCAUACUAUGAAACAAAGAUGAUUUCAGGGUUAGGUUUGGGGUAUGAGAAGAUCCAUGCUUGUCCGAAUGAUUGCAUAUUAUAUCGAGAUAAAUAUGUCAACGAUCAAGUUUGUCCAAAAUGUGGUACGUCAAGGUGGAAAACAACUAAUGAAGAUGUACAAGCUAAUGGAAUGGAAACUUCUGAUAAGAGAAAGAACUUACCUACUAAGAUCCUUCGAUGGUUUCCAUUGAAACCAAGGCUGCAAAGGUUAUUCAUGUCCUCUGAAGUUGCUGAAUCAAUGAGAUGGCACCAUAAGGGUAGAUUGAAUGAUGGCUCUCUUAGGCAUCCAGCUGAUUCCCUUGCUUGGAAGGAUUUUGCAGAACGAUAUCCAAUGUUUUCGUCAGAUGCUCGUAAUGUUCGAUUAGGACUAGCUUCUGACGGGUUCAACCCUUUCAAGACUAUGAGUAUUAAUCAUAGCACUUGGCCCGUCAUUCUUAUUCCUUAUAAUCUUCCUCCUUGGAUGUGCAUGAAACAAUCAUUCUUCAUGUUAUCACUAUUAAUUCCAGGUCCAAAAGGUCCUGGAAACAACGUUGAUGUUUAUCUACAACCAUUAAUAGAAGAGUUGCAAGAUUUAUGGGCUAAUGGAAUUGAAACAUUUGAUGCUUACAAGAGGGAGACAUUUCAACUUCGUGCUGCUAUAACGUGGACAAUCAAUGACUUUCCAGCAUAUGCUAACCUGUCUGGAUGGAGUACUAAAGGUCAAUAUGCAUGUCCAUGUUGCGGUAUUGAAACUACCUCACGUUGGUUAAAGCAUGGUGGAAAAUUUUGUUAUAUGUGCCAUCGUCGUUGGUUAGCUCCUAAACAUAAGUGGAGAUUGAAUAGUAAGGAUUUUGAUGGAACACGGGAGUUAAGGAAACCUCCUAGAAGACUUCAUGGGGAUGCUAUUUUAAGUCAGAUAAAUGAAUGUUUAGAAGAAGGUCUAGAAGAUGGGGCACAACCUUGCAAAAAGAAAAGCAUUUUCUUCACAUUGCCGUAUUGGAAAUAUAAUGUAUUGCAUCACAAUCUUGAUGUGAUGCACAUUGAAAAAAAUGUUUGUGAUAACAUCAUUGGUACAUUGUUAAACCAAGAGGGAAAAUCUAAAGAUAAUUAUAAGGCGCGAGCUGAUCUUGUAGAUAUGGGCAUAAGGAGUAUGCUUCAUCCUCAACCAAGCCCCAAUAGUAGUACAAUGCGUUUGCCUAGAGCAUGUUAUCAAAUGACUAACAAGGAAAAAGAUGCUUUUCUAAGCAUCCUCAAGAAUGUAAAAUGUCCAGAUGAAUGCUCAUCAAGCAUCCCACGAUGUGUGCAAGUCAAGCAACGCAAGAUAUUUGGCUUAAAAAGUUAUGACUGCCAUGUUUUGAUGCAAGUGCUUCUUCCAAUAGCAUUAAGGGGUUCAUUGUCGGAUAAGUCACUUCAGCUUUGAUAGAUCUUUGCAAUUUCUUCAAGCAAAUUUGUUCUAAGGUACUUAAUGUGGAAUUCCUAGAACAAUUGGAGACUCGGAUAGCUAUAACACUUUGUCAGCUGGAAACAAUUUUCCCUCCUUCAUUUUUUACUGUUAUGGUGCAUUUGGUAAUUCAUUUGGCAUAUGAAGCAAAGGUUGGUGGACCUGUACAAUAUCGAUGGAUGUAUCCUGUUGAGAGGUUUCUUCUUACUCUUAAGUCCUUUGUACGUAAUAGAGCACAUCCUGAAGGAUAAAUGGCAGAAGCAUAUGUGGCCAAUGAAUGUUUAACAUUUUGUUCACAAUAUAUAUCUGGCGUUGAAACUAGGUUGAAUCGACCUAGAAGAAAUGAUGAUCAAAUGGAUUCUACAUUGAAAGAUAAUGUCACCUUUUUACAUCCUAUUGGAAGACCUUUAGGUGUGAAGAAAAAACAGAAGUUUCGGUUAGGGAAGCGGAGGAGAGUGAGUAGAACUAAACUUGAGAAGAAAGAGUUAACACAAGCACAUAGAUAUGUGCUUUCUAACUGUGAUGCAGUUUCUCCAUAUAUAGAUGAGCACCUGGAACUUCUUAAGAGACAGAAUCGGAAGCAGAGAUUGUCACAACUUGAAAUUGACAAACAACAUGGUCAAAAAUUUACUGAGUGGUUUAAACAAAGGAUUCAUCGCUUGGAUGAAGAAGGGAGCCGACAAGUUACUGAUAAGCUUAGAUGGUUAGCACGUGGACCAAAUGAGGUUGUUAGAAGAUUCACUGGUUAUGCAAUUAAUGGUUUUAGAUUCCACACAAAGGAGAGAGAGAGAUAUUUGAAAACACAAAAUAGUGGAGUAGUUGUUAAGACAAAGACUUCCAAAGAUGAAGUUAAUUAUUACGGUGCAAUAACUGAUAUAUUCCAGUUGGAUUAUUCUAACAACUAUAAGGUUGUGUUAUUCAAAUGCGAUUGGGUUGAUAUCAAGAAAGGUGUCAAGAAAGAUAAAUUUGGGACAACACUUGUGAAUUUCAAAUAGAGUAAUGAUACAUAGACACUCUUUAUUUUCAUACACCUUUGUACACCUCAUGCAUUAGGAAGAGAGAAGAUGAGAGGAAAGAGAAAGUGUACUUGUGCGGGGUCCACGUGACUACGUGUCAGGGGUGUCAAAGGAUGUAUUGCCACCUAAGGGUGUCUAUGUAUCAUUACUCUUUCAAAUAUUUAAAACAUACCGGGAAAGAUAUUUGUGAUGACCCAUUUUGUUUUUGCAUCACAAACUAAGAAGGUGUUUUAUGUAUAUGAUGAGAGAAACAAUGAUUGGUCUGCUGUUCUGGAUGCAAAGAUCAGAGAUAUCUAUGAUAUGGGUGAUGAGGAAUCUAAUGAAAUUGAAGAAAUUCACGAGCCACUAACAAAUAACACAAGUGAAGUUACUCAUAAUAUUGAUGAUUUGGUUCGGCUGGAAGUUGAUGAUGAUAAUGCUUUCUUUGAAGUCGUGGUCGAUGUUAAUAAUUUAGGUGAUGUGGAGGAUGAAGAUGAUGAGUAGAACAAUAUGAUGGAGAUAUGAAUGAUUUUGGUUAUGUCUUGUUUGGUUAUGUUUUAGUUCUGUAUUUUGGUUAUGUGAAUGAGAUAAUACAAGCUGCUAAACAGGUGAAGAUGAGGAGGCUAAUAUGGAGACUUGAAGAUGGAAAUUUGAAAUUGGAAACUAGGCUAGACAUUGUUUUGGUUCUUUUCUUUAUUGACAUAGUUAUAAGGCUUUGUAUGCCUAAUAUGGUUCUGUCUUGUUUUGGUUAAUGCUCUAAAGUACUAUAGGAUUGACAUGAUUUAGCUUUUGUUAAUUUCUAUGUUUCGAAGAAUUGGUGUUAAUCUUCAAUAUAUAUGGUAUGGAAUCUUUUUUUUGGUUUCUAAAUA